AUGUCCUUCGCCAAGCCCGGGACGAAGCCGCCCAAGCCGGUGCCCAUCCGGGGCCGCGGCGCCGCCCGGCGAAAGCCCAGCAAGGAGGACGAGGUGUCCGAGAGGGAGCGACGAUACCUCGAGGAGCUCGGCAAGGAGGUCGACCGCAACACCGCGUAUCUUCAACGCGAGAAGGACGCGCUGGACGUCCUCCAGCGCGAGCGAUCCGCGAACAGCCCCGUUCCAAAGCAGCGCCCGAUGCCCCCCGGCGCGUACCCCAACGCGACGGAGGAGGCCAAUCACGUCGUCGUCGACCCGGCGCAGAUCCCCGGCCUCGGCGGCGGCGGACACGGCGAGCGACGACAUUUCGCCUCACCCAACGACGGCGGCAUCCGCGCGUACCCGUCGUGGGACGAUAACGUCGGCGGAUACACCAUCCCCGCCGGCGGCGUCGCCAAGAUGGCUGCGCUCUCCGAGGAGAUGGACCACCUCGACGCGGCGGAAUACGAGCGACUCGCCGGCGCCGGCGGCGUCGAGACCCUCGCGCCCGACCACGCCGUUCACGCCGCCGCCGUCGCGCACGCCCGCCGCCCGCUCGCGCCCUCGCCCGGCGCCUUCCCCGGCCACCUCCCGGAGAACCCCGACUACUUCAACGUUCGGCGAAUGAAGAGGACGCCCGGUCCGGUGUCCUUCUCCGUCGCGGGGGUGGACCCGGUGGAGUUCUCCAGGGACCCGCGCGCCGCCGCGGAGGCGCGCAUCAGGCAGGAGAAGCGCGACAGACUCCGCGCCGAGCUCGACGAGCAGGUGAGGCUCAAGAAGGAGCGCGAACGCUUGAUUAAGGAGGCGGACGACGCCCGAGAGAAAGCCGAGGUUGGCCGCGUGAGCCACUACGACAGGUGGGGUAAACGGGGCGGCGGCGGUGAACCCCUCGUGGACGACCGCGGGCACCUCAUCGCCGAGCUCAAGGGCGUCGACAUCCGCUCCCCGGCGAACGCGCAGGCGGCGGCGGCGGCGGCGUCCAACGCGAUGAACGAGUCGCUCUCGCCCGGGCGCGUCGCCGAGAUUGUCGGAUACCCCGGCGGGGACCAAAGGGCGCCGAUGGCGGGCGUGCCGCGAAGAGGGGUCAAUCCCGGCGCGGGCGAGUACUCCUCCCCGUUCCGCCGCGCGGGAGGCGGGCCGUCGUCCUUCUAUCUCGGGGGCGAGGUGAACGCGGGCCCGAAUGACCUUGGUAAGGUGACCGGCGCGCAUCACACGGCGGCGGAGCUGUCGAUGGCGGAGGUGAAGCGGCUUCAGCUCAUCAAGGACCUCGACGAGCAGGUUCGGAUCAAGAAGGAGCAGGAGCGCAUCAGAGCGCUCGAGGAGGCCAUCCAGGAGGCCAAGAUCGAGCGUCGCAUACAAGAGACCAUCGAGGAGGAGCGCCGGGUGUUGGCCCUCAAAGAGGCGCAGAUGGCGGCGAUGAACGGCGGCGAAUACGACGAACACGGAGACGUCGGUUUCACCGGCGACGCGGCCGUUACGACCGUUACAACCGCCGGGGGCGGGCGAGUCAUGAACUCCCCGCCGGCGCCGCCCAGACCCCUCACGGGCACCGAGCCGGAGCCGGGGAUGCCCGGCGAGGAUUUCGGAGAUUUCGUCGGCGACGUCGUCCUCGACGACGGGCUCGAGGAUUUCGAACCGCCGCCGCCGGCGUCGGACGAAGCCGUUACGACCGUUACGACCGCCGGGGGCUCGGAAGCCGCCGCCGCCUGUGACGACGACGCGUUCAUUCCCGCGUCCGCGUCACCCGCGCCCGCGCCCAGGCCGUCCAAGGUUAUCCACUCGCCCCCCGCGUCCGUCGACCCCAAGCCAAUCGCCAACCGCCAGCUGGACUUUGGCGACGUUCCGGGCCUCGAGGGGCACGUGCCGUCGAGGGUGGUGCACUCCCCGCCCCCGGGCUCGCCCCCGCCCUCGCCGCCCCGGGCCGACCGCGACCUCGGGUCCCUGCGCUCCUCGAGGCAGUUCGACCGGGACCGGAACUUUGAGAUGGACCGGUAUCACCACCGUUCCAAUCGACCGACGUCGGCGCACACGCCGCAACUUCGCGACAUGGUCGCCGAGUUGGAGGCUGACAAGAGGCGGCUCCAGGAGGAACUCGACGGCAAGCGGCGGCAGCUGCACGAGGCGCAGUGGGAGGCGGCGCACGCGGUCCGGGAGCGGGACCUCGCCGAGCGCGAGCGGGACCUCGAGGCGCAGCUUGCGGCUGUGCGAGCGCAACUGGCGGCGGCUCCUCGCGGAGCCGGGGGGUCCCGGGGGUCUAGCCGCCCCGUCAGCGCCGCGCCGUCGCUCCGCGCGUCCAGGGACAAACCCCCGGUGCGCCUCUCCGCGGAGGGCAUUCGCGAGCCCGUGCGCGUCUCGAUGGACGACUACGAUGCGCCGACCGUUACGAUCGACCGUUACAAUCGACCGUACGCGCCCGCGUCCGCCGCGGACGCGGGUGUGACUGAUUUGAACGCGCUCGAGGAAUUCGUGGUGAGUUCCAAGUUUGUGCGAGCGGACGCGCCGCUCGGGGCUGUGCCCGGCGGCGGGAACGUGAACGUGGUGGCGAAGGGGCACACGGUCCGGCCGUCCGAGCUGGCGCGCGCGAGGAAGAUGGGCGACGUCGGCGCGGGGGCGGCGGCCAAAACCCCGCCGCCGCAGAGGGCGAUUGGUCCGAAUUACACCGUGCCCGACAGGGCUCCUCGCGUCGCGGGGCUUCAGAGGCGCGCGGUGCGCGGCGUGCGGCCCAAGAGGGACGAGAACGAGCCGGUGGGGAAGCCGGUGUGGGGCGCGAACAGGCCAAAGUCCAGGGCGAUUCGCUGGACGUGA